AUGAGUGGCCACACGGACAGGGGCCCUGUAGGGGUCUCAGACCCCCCCAACAUCAAGGAUAUGGAGCUGAGGGAGGAGUGGCAGGACGACGGUUUCCCCAGGCCUCUCCCAGAGGAUUGUGGGAGUGUGGACGCAGAUUGUGCGUCUGGAGCCCCGCCCACCAGCCUCGCCCUGUCAGGUACGGCUGUGGGAGGGGCUAAGAAGCGCUUGGCGGCCCCGACUCUCAGCCUGACUCUGAGCCGCGGAGACUCUCAUGACCCCAGUAACGACGGCUUCUCGGCCGCCGCUCUGUCUGCGACGCUAGACGACACGCCGUCCCUGGACAUCAACCUGGAGGCGCUGGAGACGCCGUCCGGCAGCGAGACGGGAACGCUGCCGGACGGCGGCGAGCUGGAGUGGGACGAUGACCUCUCCAUGAUGGGGAGGGGCGGGGCGGUGGGCGUGGUCAGAAGCCCAGUGGAGCAGUCGGAAGGUUUGAUGGGACUGGACGAGGUGGACACCAGGGGGCGCCGAUGGAGGAAGUUCUGUAUCUCCGGGCAGGAAUAUCAGGUCAACAUGAGUGUCCUGGAGCCAUACCUGCAGGUCCUGUCCCACGGAGGUUACUAUGGCGACGGGAUGAACGCCAUCAUCCUGUUCACUUCCUGUUUCCUGCCGGAGAACACGGUGGACGACUACGAGUACGUGAUGGACAACUUGUUCAGGUACAUCUUGGGGACGUUGGACCUCAUGGUCUCAGAGAACUACCUGCUCGUGUACCUGUGUGCGAUGGCUCCGAGGAACAAACUUCCCUCCAUCAAGUGGCUUCAUCAGUGUUACACCUCCAUUGACAGAAGGCUGAAGAAGGAUCUCAAGGGGCUGCUGGUGGUCCAUCCGUCCUGGUACAUGAAGGCUCUGAUCACUGUGGUCAAACCGUUCAUCAGUGACAAGUUCAGCAGGAAGAUUCGUUUUGUUCAGAGUCUUCAGCAGCUGUCCGAGCUCAUCCCCACCGAGCGGCUGCAGAUCCCCGAUUCCAUCCGCCUGUUCGAUGACAAACUGAGCAGAUGA